AUGAACGCGACUACUGCAUCCGGCCGGAAGCGCACUCGUGCCGCGAGCGACCGCUCCGACGCUGACGGGAACACCGAGACCGACAGAAGCGACAUAGGACCGCGCCCACGUGUGUCAGCCCCGUACCCGGAAAUGCCGUCCAGCAGACAUCACCACCAUCAUCAGCAUCAGCAGCAGCACGUGCAGGUGGUGACAUCCACGGCGGCGGCUGCGGCGCAGCUAUCCGUCAAGGAGAAGCAGCGGUUGUGCACCAACUGCAAGAACCACGGGCUGCGCAAGGUGUGGAAGAAGCACAAGCGGUACUGCAAGUACCGGGACUGCCCGUGCCUCAAGUGCAUGAAGACGGCGGCGACGCGCAAGAACUGCGCCGAGCAGACGGCCAAGCGACGGGCCCGACAGGAGGACGAGCAGCGCGAACAGGAACUCCAGCUGAACCCGGACAACUUCCAUGACGAGCGGCCCAUACCGUACCAGUCGGACGCCACCACGCCCCAGUCCUGCACCAGACAGAACAUGAGCGAGUCCUCGCAGGUCGGUCGGUCGUCCACCCCGAAGGGGACGAUGUCACCGCGGACGUCCGAUUUCGACGACCACGACAGCUCGUCCAUAGACAUCGGUGACGGCUGUGACGGUAACGGCGGCGGUAACGGUAUGGACGUGGUGAAGGACGAAGGCGUCGACGAUCGCAGUAGUCAUCUGCCCGGCGGCGUAGGCAAAAAAGACAUCGACGCAGGUAAGCAACAGUUAUGCGUACACGACUUAAUGUGA